AUGACACACAUCGCAGCUGUGAUGAACUCGACGAAGAGCUUUAUUGUUCUUACAGGACAUUUUAUAGAUGAAUCUUCUGCAAUGAUGCAGUCUUUUUGCUUGGGUGCAAAACAACUACAGCCACAUCAUCCGGCCAUACACAUUAAGGAAGACCUUAAAGUGAUGUUGGAUCAAUUUAAGGUUGAUAAAUCGAAAAUUGUGUCAGCUCCUACCGACGGAGGAGCGAACAUUCUCGCAGCAGUCCGUAUCCUGCUUGGAUCUUCUAGGCUUCAUAUUCCUUGCUUAGCGCACAUGAUUAAUCUCGUAGUACAAAAUAGUAUAGAUGCUGUGCCUGAAUUUAAGGAGAUUUGUGAAAAAGUAAAAGCCCUGGUCACAUAUUUCAAGCGCAGCAAUGUUGCUAUGGAUGAUCUACGGGCUGAGCAGGCAAGAGAAGAAGAAUCUGAGGGGACGUUUUUAUAUCUUAUACAAGAUCUUAUGACAAGAUGGAACCCUACUUUUCAUGCGUUACAUCGUUUUAUAACACUAUCAGGGUACAUAGGGAAAAUUUUACUACUAGGUAAACAUAAAAACGCACCACCUAUGCUAACCCCGAUGGAAGUUGAUGUGGUUAGAGACUGCAUUGCUGUAUUGAAACCAUUUGAGAUAGCGACUAAAGAGAUCUCUGGCGAAAAAUAUGUAACCGUUAGCAUGGUCAUUUCUAUCAUCAACUUCGUGCGUGGUCAAUUGCAGAAGACUUCACCAGAAUCGGCAACAGCUAAGAAACUCAAGUUUCAACUGGAAGAUAAAAUGAAUCGUCGUAUGGCGGAUCUGGAGAAGGUUGAGCUCCUUGCAGUUUCUACAGUUUUAGAUCCCCGAUUUAAGAAGCUUCAUUUUCAGUCAGCUAUUAAUGCCUCUACUGCAAUUGCUGUUAUUUCGCGUGAGGUUCGUCAUCAACUACAUGCUUUAGAUGAACAACUCUCAAGCUCAUUUAUCGAUGAAGCACCACCUGAUCCAAAGAACCUCUGGAGUAUACAUGAUAAAGAGGCUGCAAAGAAUGCCCCAGAGUCACCUUCACUAACGGGACAUUCACUUCCCCACGAACUGAAAUUGUACUUGCAACAACCAUUUCAAGCACGAACAUCAAAUCCAAUAAAAUUUUGGCGGGAUGGUAAAAAUGCGUUUCCUGGAACCUAUCGGGUCACUAUGAAGUACCUCACUGUAUUAGGUACAUCUGUUCCAUCUGAACGAACAGUAUCACGCCUUAAUUAUGUCGCAUCAGAUAGUAGAAGUCGUCUGACCGCAGUCCAUACAGAUAUGUUGGUGUUUCCAGGAUCCCUUGACGAAAAACUAUGGUUUGCAUAG